CUAGUUCCUUCCAGAGGUUUGAGCUGAAACAGGAAGGUGAACACCAAUGAGAGACAUUCAGCAUGCCAUUGAUUUCAUCCCAGCAUCUGUCAUCCCAAACAAGCCUGCCUAUCGGAUGAACCCUCAAGAGUAUGCGGAACUUCAACGACAAGUCAAAGAACUGAUGGAGAAAAGACUUGUCAAGGAAAGUGUUAGCCCAUGUGCCGUGCUUGUGCAACUCGUCCCAAAGAAAGAUGGAACUUGGAGAAUGUGUGUAGAUAGUCGAGCAGUCAACAAAAUCACUAUCAAGUAUCGCUUCCCAAUUCCACGCCUUGAUGAUAUGCUUGAUCAACUGCAUGGAGCUACUGUCUUCUCAAAGAUUGACUUGAGAAGUGGAUAUCACCAGAUUCGAAUGCGUCCUGGUGAUGAAUGGAAGACAGCAUUCAAAACUAGAGGUGGUUUGUACGAGUGGAUGGUCAUGCCAUUCGGAUUGUCUAAUGCUUCCAGCACUUUCAUGCGCCUUAUGAACCAGGUAUUUCGACUCUUCAUUGGGAAAUUUGUUGUGGUUUACUUUGAUGAUAUCCUGGUAUAUAGCAAGAAUGAACAGAAGCACCUAGACCAUCUCCGGCAAGUUUUUGAAGUCCUUAAAGAGCAGAAACUUUAUGCUAAUCUCAAGAAAUGUUCAUUCCUCACUACAAGUGUGACAUUUCUUGGAUACAUCAUCACUGCUCAAGGUAUUAAGAUGGACCCCAAUAAGAUUGAUGCUAUUGUCAAUUGGCCUACACCAACAUCGUUGCAUGAAGUUCGAAGCUUUCAUGGCCUGUCAUCUUUUUACCGGAGAUUCAUCAAGAAUUUUAGUUCUAUUGUUGCCCCAAUCACUGACAGCUUUAAGGGUGACAAAUUUUCAUGGAGUGGCAAAGCCCAACAGAGUUUUGAAGAAUUAAAGAGGAAGCUCACUGAAACCUCUGUACUUGCACUUCCCAACUUUGACCUGAUGUUUGAAGUAGAUUGUGAUGCUUCUAAUGUUGGAAUUGGUGCAAUGUUAAGUCAAGAAGGUCAACCCAUUGCCUUCUUCAGUGAAAAGUUGAAUGACACAAAGCUCAGAUAUUCCACCUAUGACAAAGAAUUCUAUGCAAUUGUUCGAGCCUUGGAACAUUGGAGUCAUUAUCUUCUUUCAAAAGAAUUCAUCUUGCAUUCUGACCAUGAGGCAUUGAAGCACCUGAAUUCCCAACAGAAGAUCAGUCAUCAACAUGCUACUUGGAGUGAAUUUCUACAAGCUUAUCCUUUCCUCCUCAAAUACAAAUCUAGAGUCCAAAAUCGUGUAGCUGAUGCUUUGAGUCGCCGACAUGCCUUGCUUACUUCCUUACAGAUGAAAGUCACUGGAUUUGAAGUGAUCAAGGAGUUGUAUGAGGAUGAUCCUGAUUUUAGCAACAUUUGGCAAGCCACUUCUAAUCAAGCCUUUCAGCAAUAUCAUCGCCAGCAAGAUUACCUCUUCAAGGGUAACCGACUAUGUGUUCCACGUUGCUCACUCCAAGAUUUAAUUAUCUGGGAAGCACAUAAUGGUGGAUUAGCUGGUCAUUUUGGGAGAGACAAGACUUUAGCUCUUGUUAAAGAAAGCUUUUACUGGCCAAAGUUGGAGCAGAAUGUCAUUCAUCACAUUCAAAGAUGCAAAGUUUGUCACCAAGCCAAGACAAUCAAUCGGAACACAGGGUUGUAUCUGCCAUUGCCUAUCCCAACAUCACCUUGGGAAGAUGUUAGUAUGGAUUUUGUCCUUGGUCUACCACAAACUCAACGAAGCAAGGAUUCUAUCAUGGUCGUGGUUGACAGAUUUUCUAAAAUGGCUCACUUUAUUGCUUGUCAGAAAACUAAUGAUGCUUCUCUCAUUGUUGAGUUAUAUUUUAGAGAGAUUGUGCGUCUACAUGGAGUUCCAAAGACCAUCACUUCAGAUAGAGAUGUGAAGUUCAUGAGUCAUUUUUGGAGGACUUUAUGGAGAAAGAUGGGCACUCAACUCCAGUUUAGUUCUGCUAGCCAUCCCCAAACCGAUGGGCAAACGGAAGCUAUCAAUAAGAUUUUGGGGAAUCUACUACGAAGUUUUGUGGGAAAGAAUUUGCGACAAUGGGAUCUUGUGCUUGCUCAAGCUGAGUUUGCCUACAACAACUCUUCGAAUCAAGCUACGGGAAAAUGCCCAUUUGAAGUAGUAUAUGGAGUGCGUCCUUUCAGUCCUUUAGAUCUUGCUCCAUUGCCCACAUCCCGACAAUUUAGUGCAGAUGUUGAACAACGAGCCAAAGAGAUCAAGAAACUUCAUGAAGAAGUUCGUGAGAAGCUACAACGUCAAACCAUUAGAGCAAAUGGUCCUUUUCAGAUAGUGGAGAAAAUUAAUGAUAAUGCCUACAAGAUUAAACUUCCAGGUCUUGCCAACCUAAGUGAUGAUCCUGGCAAUCGAAUUCAUCGUAGUGAGAUUUUAAAUCUCGCCAAAAUCGGUGUUUCGGUAUCGGCUCCUACGCCACCAACUGAAAAGCCUUCUUCUCCAACGCAAGUUCCAUGUCCAGAUUCCAUUUCAGGUUUUGGUGAACUUGUUGGGACUCUAAACUUGUAUUUCAAGAAUUGAGUACUCCUUAUAUUCUCCAUGAAUAAAAUUCAUUUUUUCUG